AUGGAGCGAAAAUUCGUCAGAACAACAAUAACGCGCAUGGAGAAAUUCAAAGGUCGAGCUCUGUUCAUUUGUGGAUUCAUUGAUCAACGCUGGCACAACAGUUCACUGCUGGCAAUCGCAGCUGAACUGUUCCCACAGUGCUACGUGAGCUGUAACGAAGGUCAAGGGACCAAAAAAGGAACAAUGAAUGCACUACAACUCAUCGAAAGCGCACACGCCAUGCUAUUCUACGUGAACGAGUUCACGCUCAAAGACGCUCAGUGUCUACUGGUGCUACAGCAUGCCUCCUACAAAGAUACACCGACGAUACUGCUCCGCCCGCCACGCACCAAACUGAUUAUCGAGAAUACACCCAGUACCGACCAAAUACAACGGUACACUGAUAACACUUACAUCAUAAGUUUCAAUGAAGUCAUUUACCUCGAUUGA